CUUUUACAUCUCCGCAAAAACCCUAAUUCAUCACAGAAAAAUAAAAAAACUGAAUCAAACCCCAAAAAAUGGCGGAACAUUUAGCAUCCAUAUUCGGAACAGAGAAGGACAGAGUGAACUGUCCAUUUUAUUUCAAAAUAGGAGCUUGCAGACACGGAGACAGAUGCUCAAGACUCCAUACAAAACCUAGUAUAAGUCCCACUCUUUUACUUUCAAACAUGUACCAGCGUCCCGAUAUGCUCACCACACCCGGCCUCGAUCCUCAGUCUCAGUCGCAGUCACUUGAUCCCCGCAAGACCCAGGAUCACUUUGAAGAUUUUUACCAGGAUCUUUUUGAGGAGCUUAGUAAAUAUGGGGAUCUUGAGUCGUUGAAUAUUUGUGAUAAUCUUGCUGACCAUAUGGUUGGGAAUGUUUAUGUUCAGUUUAGAGAAGAGGAUCAUGCUGCUAGUGCUCUUAAUAAUCUCACUGGCCGCUUUUAUGCAGGGCGACCAAUUAUUGUCGACUAUUCUCCUGUUACGGAUUUCCGUGAAGCUACGUGUAGGCAGUAUGAGGAAAAUGUCUGCAAUCGAGGUGGCUACUGCAACUUCAUGCAUCUGAAGAAGAUUAGCAGGGAGUUGAGGAGGCGCUUAUUUGGAAGAAGUAGGAGAAGACGUAGCCGCAGUAGAAGCAAUAGCCCUGGUAGGCCCCGUGGUUAUGAAGAACGCCCACAUGGCGGCCCACAUGGCGGCCGUGGUCCUGGUAGACGAGAUGAUGAUAGGGACCGUCACCAAGAGCGGGGCAGAAGGCAUAGAAGCCGAAGUCCUGGACACAGAGGACGAAGCAGAAGCCCUGCAGGAAGGAGAAAUAGAAGUCCUGUUGCUAGAGAGAACAGUGCUGAAAGAAGGGCUAAGAUUGAGCAGUGGAACAGGGAGAGAGAACAUCCUGUAUCUGAUAAUAGAGAUGGCCAAAACCUCAACAAUGACCGGAACAACAAUGGCGAUGCAAAGAGUGGAGGUCAAUAUGAUGAUGAUGAUCAGCACCACUAAAAGCAUUGUGGAUAUACAUUGCUGACCAGAUCAAUGUCAUUUGGUGGAGUACAGGUUCAUUAUCUUGUGUUAUGAAAGUAAAUUUCAAGUUUUGCCGUAUAAAUACCUUAUAAAGUUAAAACCGAAUUUAAUUAGGGGGGAAAUGGACUUUAUCGUUCCACAAAGUUAUUUUUUUCAAAGCUUUCAACUUUUUAAUUUUAAAACAUUUUCAAAAUCGUUUUUCUUUUUUGACAUUGUACCAUCUCAAAAGAGUUUUUAUAGUAAUUUCGUGAUAAGAUCGCACACUUUUUAAUUGAAUACACAAUUGGCAUUUUCAACUAAAAGAACACAGGAGGAGGCUUUAUCUGGUCAGUUUAAUCAUCUGGUUAUAGUUACUUGCAGGGAGGCAUGGGUAAUUCAAUACUACAGGAAUUUAGCAUGGUCUUUUGCUUUUGAAUAUCGAGUUUUUUCCGUGGAAAUUUGUCAUCUUAUGUGCUUUACAAGUUUUGCAGGUUCAGGGUUUCCUGCAGUCUCAAUCUUUUAUGGCAGCUUACCAUGAUAUUUGUAUACAGGUUGGAAGUUUGUCUACUGAAGGUGUUUGCAGGAUCGGGAUGUUAUGUAAUACGAAAUGAUAUAGAAACCUCUUCUGGUUUCGAGCAAUGAAGAAAACAGCAUGUUCCUUUGCCAUUCUGAGAUUCAUCUACUGGACUAGAGAUUUAGUUUACUGAUUGUGGAAUACAGGAUUUUAUUUUUAUUAUAUUUAAACUGUAAUUUUCUGAUGUGUAAACAUUGUUGAGUUUUUUGUUUUUCAUUAUGGUGGUUCUCUCUUUACUGAGUUUGUGACCAGAAGGAUUAUUAAUUAUGUUGAGUGUUUGUUUUCUUCUCAA